AUGGGUGAAAAAAAGACUUCUGUCGCAAAGGGCCUGACGGCAGGCUACUACCGCCUGACGACCAAAACCCAGACCUUGCUAGACAUAGGAGAAGGAUCAUCAUCUGAAGUAUACAGAACAAAAAUAUUCGUUCAGGCGGAACUAAUCGAAUUGAUUUGUGCUGUAGGCAGUCCUGCGCAGGCUCGUCAGAAACCGGUACCAUAUGAAUUCCGCCGCUGGAAAAGGGAUCCUGAUCACUGUAAGCCAGCUACAGCAAUGCAACAAUGCUUUUUCCCCUUCUUUCUGUAUCUCCACAUGCUCAACUGUAUGGCCUGUAUUUUUCCUUCUUUCCAGGGCAAAGGUUACCCCGAUCUCUGCACUCGAUCCUUCGUCCACCUUCUCUCCGAGACCGCACGUAGAAAUGGCGAUCCGCUGUCACAACCGGGCGUUGCGACUCCACGCUUCUACGCGCUGGUCGACGGUGAUCCUGACGGGAUGGCGAUCAUGUCCACCUACAAAUACGGCUCCAUGGCGCACGCGCACGAGAGUGCCCGACUGAACGCCCCGGGUCUGCAGUGGCUCGGCGUCCGCAUUUCGGACUUGGUCGUGGAGGCGGAGACUCGGGGAGACGGGACCUUGAUCCCCUUGACCUCGAGAGACUGGAAGAGGGCUCGAGCUAUUCUAGCGAACAGUCCGGCAUUUGCGGAAGAUGGACCGGAGCUUGAGUGGCGGGCCGAGCUGCAGACAAUGCUGAUGUUGAACUUAAAAGCCGAGACCGAAUUUCUAUAUGAAAGAGAGGGGGCUCUGGAAGGCUGGAUUGACCAGAAAAUGGUGUGGUAG